CGUCGACAACGCAGACGGCCGCGGCCGUUUGGAGCUCUAGCAGCAGCAGCUUCAUCCUUAUGGCUUCCAUUCUACACGAUACACCUGUGCGAGAUGACGACGCUUCACUGGCAGCUCUCAGCGAGCGCCAGAAGAUGAUGCAAGGCUUGCCUUAUGAUGCCAUGGGCGACUUCUCCCUCGUAUCAGAACGCCUUCGUGCGAGACAUCUCCAGCGAGCUUACAAUGAAGCCCCCUGGCCGUCAGUAGAAGAGCUCAAGGCCGGCAUGCCCGCCAAUGGACCCGACUCGCGCAUGCAGAUCCUUGCAGACCUCUUCGGCCUAACCGUCGACAAGAUCAAGUCUCAGAAUAUCUACAUCGAGCCACCCUUCUACUGCGACUUUGGCAAUAAUAUCACUUUCAAGGGAAGCUUCUACUGCAACUUUGGCUGCAUCAUACUCGACUGCGCUCAGGUCACGCUGGGCGACGGGGUCCUCUUCGCACCGGACGUUCAAAUAUAUGCUGCGACACAUGCUCUGGAUGUUGCCGAGCGUCGUGCAGGGCUCGAGCGUGCCUAUCCUGUCGAGAUUGGAGACGAGACAUGGGUCGGCGGAGGGGUGCGCAUCAUUGGACCCGUGAAGAUUGGCAAAGGCUGCACUAUCGCUGCAGGCGCGGUGGUCACGAAGGACAUCCCCGAUUGGAGUUUGGCAGGCGGCAUACCUGCCCGAGUUCUGAAGAAGAUCCCUCCGUCGUAGUAGAGUCGCGUUCGCGCACAGGGAACACUGCACUGUAGCAAUUCCAAACACAC